CUUUACCCGAAUGUGAGGACUGUCACUUCCUUUAGAUGAUAUUAUUUCAAGCAGAUCGGCACUGCUCUGUAGGAGAUGGGCGGAGAGAAGAAUGUUGCCCAAGCCAAAGGAGGGAAGGCCAAAGCGAAGACACCAAGACAGAGGCUGAGUGAUAAGGAAGGAGGCUCGGGUGGAGACGCACCUAGGAAAAGUACAAAGCCCAAUAAGGAAAGAACUAAAGCCACAGCAAAGUCUCAGCGGGUGGAAAAAGUAAAAGUUCAGAAAAAGGUCAAGGCUUUCAAAACGGAGAGCGUGGAGAGCUUUGAUGAUGAUGUGAGGUUUUAUUUGGCUGUAAAAGAGGAGCCUGAAGAUGGAGACUUUGUGCCAGAAAAGAGGGGGAAAAAGAGGAAAAGACCAGAGGAUGAACCCAUGGAAGGUCCCUCGUGUUCCAGUGCAACCCCAACGAAAUUGAAAGAGAAGGACGGGGCAGACCCGAGGACAGAGAAUAACACAGAGGGGAUAAAGAAAGAGAAGAAGCCAAAGAAAGAGGAGGCGGAGCAUCCAGUCACUACAAAGAAGAAGUCAAAGGGAGAGGUUGAGGCAGCAAAAGCGUUGAAGAUCAAAAAAAGAGAAGAAGAAGAGCAGCAGCGCUGGAGAUGGUGGGAAGAGGACAAGUAUGAGGAUGGUGUAAAAUGGAAGUUUCUGGAGCACAGGGGUCCCUUUUUCCCACCGGAGUACCAGCAUCUCCCAGACAACGUUAACUUCUACUACAAUGGUCAAGUUGUGAAGCUGGGCCUUGCUGCAGAGGAGGUGGCCCUGUUCUUUGCUCAGAUGCUUGACCAUGAAUACACCACAAAAGAUGUGUUCCGAAACAACUUCUUCAAGGACUGGAGGAAGGAGAUGACCCUGGAGGAGAGGGUGCUAAUUAGUGACCUGAAUAAGUGUGACUUUCGGGAGCUCCACGCCAUGCACAAGGAGAAGGUGGAGGCUCGGAAGGCCAUUAGCAAAGAGGAGAAACUGGUGAUGAAAGAGGCAAAUCAGAAGAUAGUGGAGGAGUAUGGCUUCUGUAUACUGGACCACCACCGGGAACGCAUUGGCAACUUUAAGAUUGAGCCGCCAGGUCUCUUCCGAGGACGGGGGGAGCACCCCAAACAAGGCAUGCUUAAGAAGAGGAUCCAGCCGGAGGACGUCAUCAUCAACUGUGAAAAAAAGUCUUGUAUCCCAGAGCCCCCUGCUGGUCACCACUGGAAGGAGGUUCGCCAUGACAACACAGUGACCUGGCUGGCCAGCUGGACUGAGAAUGUUCAGGGCUCCUGCAAGUAUGUCAUGCUCAACCCCAGCUCCAAACUCAAGGGUGAGAAGGACUGGGAGAAGUAUGAGGUGGCCCGCCGGUUGAAAGGCUGUGUGAAUGGGAUCCGCCAGCAGUACCAGCAGGACAUCAAGUCCAAACAGAUGGAGACCCGCCAGAGAGCUGUGGCCCUUUACUUCAUAGAUAAGCUGGCCCUGAGAGCGGGUAACGAGAAGGAGGAGGGCGAGACGGCGGACACGGUGGGCUGCUGCUCCCUGAGGGUGGAGCACAUCACCCUCCACGACCUGCUGGAGGACAAGGAGUGUGUGGUGGAAUUUGACUUCCUGGGUAAAGACUGUAUCCGCUACUACAACAAGGUCCCCGUCACCAAGAGGGUGUUCAAGAACCUCACGCUCUUCAUGAAGAAUAAGGAGCCUGGAGACGACCUGUUUGAUCGCCUCAACACGUGCUUGUUGAAUAAGCACCUGUCAUCCCUGCUGCCUGGCCUGACUGCUAAGGUAUUCAGGACUUUCAACGCCUCCAUCACCCUGCAGGAGCAGCUCCAACAGCUGUCCAAUAUGAAAGACAACCUGGCAGAGAAGCUGCUCUCCUACAACAGGGCCAACCGAGCUGUUGCAGUUCUGUGUAACCACCAGCGGGUGCCGCCAAAGACCUUCGAUCAGUCUAUGGCCAACCUCCAGUCCAAGAUUGAUGGCAGGAGGGAGCAGUUGGCCCUGGCCAAGAGUGAGCUGAAGCUGGCCAAGAAGGAGGUCAAAGCUCACAGUUCAGACAGCAAGCUGCAGGCGGUGGUGGAGCGUAAGAAGAAGGCUGUGCAGCGCUGUGAGGAGCAGCUUAUGAAGAUGGAGGUUCAGGCCACAAACCGAGAGGAGAACAAGCAGAUCGCACUGGGCACCUCCAAACUCAACUACCUGGACCCGCGCAUUAGCGUGGCCUGGUGUAAGAACAUGCAGGUGCCCCUGGACAAAAUUUAUAAUAAAUCUCAGAGGGAUAAAUUUGCCUGGGCUGUUGACAUGACCGAGGCAGAUUUUAUAUUCUAAGUCAGCCUCUACCCUUUAGUUCUACCUAAAUGUAAAGACUGGGAGGCAGGUUUUAUCCUUUGGUUUUAACUGCCCAUGUGUUGAACAACAGAAUCCUUGAAUUUUUCACACCACUUCACAGCAAGAUUUUUCCAAGUUUAAUUGUUGUAUUGCUGUUGGUACUUUAAAAAAAAAAGUUUACUAUUGUUAAUGGUAAACCAAGAUGAUCUUAUGGAAUGUAUGGAUAAUGUUUCCUUUUAUAAACAUUUAAUAAAG